GCCACCAGCAAGGCAGAAUGCUCCAGUAAUCUCCAGUAGCCCGUCGCAUCGUCGCGAGGGGACCUGCAGCACUUCGCGUCCGGUACACCAGUGCUCGGUCAUGUAGAAAGGAGGGUGUGGGGAGCCUCGCGAAGAGCACCCGAGGAGGGCAUGGUUAUUUUAUCAGACAAUUUGCCAGGAUUCUUUUUGACCCGGUAAUAAAAGGUAAACGCCUUUGUAUCGGUGCUUCCGGCAGUCGGAGCAUAAGAUCUGGCGAAAGUCAUAAAGACCAGCUGUGGUCUGCUAGAGUUUGCAGUUCCUCGGUGUUGUAUCGAGCUCCUCGUUUUACAAGAUCGGGGAGAUACAUACAUAUCCUUGGUGCAGAGUUAGCUAGACACCUACAAGAGAUAAGGGCAAGCUUGGCCGCAGGCCCAGAAGCGUGUUGGAGAGGUGUGAGUGGAUUGGGUGGGAGUUACAGUGUUCAAUGCAUCUGCAGCACCAAGACUAGUGUGAAGUGUGCUCAGUGUCGUUGCGGACAGAUCCAGCAAGAUGGCCGUCGUCAGUCUGGGCCCAUACGGUGGACAGAGUUUGAAUAUGCUUAUGCAGCGCAAUGAUCACCGUGCUGAUACUCUCGUGGCUAUGCUUGGAUCUUGCUCUCCGCACAUGGCCCUGCAACAAGUACCAAGGUCUCUUGGAGAUCUGGAGGAUAUGAGUGCGGGAUGUGGGCAGAAACGCCCCUAUUACGCAGCGUAUGAGAAUCAUUCUUCGGAGGAGCCCGAGGAUGUCGACGAAGGCGUGGACGAAUUUUCUCACCAUGUGGAGAAGAAGCGGCGCCUCUCAUUCGAUCAGGUGCGAUCCCUGGAGCGCAAUUUCGAAGUGGAGAACAAGCUAGAGCCGGAGAGGAAAAUGCAGCUGGCCAAGGAGCUUGGACUGCAGCCCCGUCAAGUGGCCGUGUGGUUCCAGAACAGGCGCGCACGCUGGAAAAUCAAACAGCUCGAGCGCGACUACGAGACUCUGACUCAAGACUACAACCGCUUGAAGAGCGAUUUCGAGGCCGUUCUUAAGGACAAGAAGAAUCUCAAAGACGAGGUUAAUCGCUUGAAGGGAAUCACCACGGAGGAAGAAAAGAACGUAGACGCUUCCGAACCCACGCAAUGUAGCAGCCAGCCAGCUUCACCCGCGCAGUCUGAGAAAUCCGACAUUGUUACAUCGAAAGUCAGGUCCACUCCGACCAUCGACGUUCUCCCCGGAGCAGCCAAGGAGCCCAACGAGCGCAGCGUUAAGCGGACCAUGAGCUCUGACAGCUACUCCAGCGACGUCAUGGACGCCGAGAGCCCCCGCACUGGCGAUAGCAGUAACCCGAACCUGCCCACCGACGCGCCAUGGGUCCAGUAUCACCAUCCUCAGUUCCCUCCGGAAAGCUUUGUGGGACCGACACCGAAUCCGCAGCUCGCCGGCGUAGGGGAUACGCUCUCGCUACAAGUGAAGCUGGAGGAGAUGGCCGGAUUUCCCACUGACCAGGCCUUCUUGUUGUCGCAGCUAGAGAAUCAGACCGUCCUACCUAACUGGUGGGAUUGGGCUUGAGCAGACCAAAAAUUGGAGCAGCAGCAUCAGUCUGUACAUGAAUUCGGACUCACUGCGUUUCCCGGAGUUUUGAGUUUUUCCUGGCAGUUUUUUCGAGCUCCCGGUCGCAGGUUGUACAAUAUGUAUGAAGCUCUUCCACUUGACAUGUGUAAUCCUAUGUUCCCAGCGCGCUUCACCAACGAGGGACUUUACGUCAAAGUAAUCGCACUAUGCAAAAAAAUUGGCAAAAUACACAAUAACCCAGGAGACCUGAACACUGGUUGAUCCCGGAUAUCAUUGUGUUGCAUCUGCCGCAACUCGGUCGUUCUGCUAGAUACGCUGUAAUUUUAUUUGGUUAAUUCAGAAAUUGUAUGUAGUUAUAUGCUUAAGUAAUUAGAGCUAGGACACAUAACCCUCCGGAUCGUCAAUGUCGGAGCAGACAUCAUAAGCUGGCGUCUGUCGAAGCAGGCGUAGCAUUACAUUUGGAGAAUAAUCACCCAGUUGCGAUUAAACAGUACGGAGGACCGUUACCAUUUACGCCGGUGCACCCGGCUCGAGCACUGCUGUCGGCCAACAUUUGUAUAGAAAUGAAAUAAGCAUCGGUGGUCCUCGGUGUUGUCGACGAUGCCUAGAUCUCGUUCAACUAUCAUCACUUUUUCAUGCUAAUUCUGCCAGUGCUCUCUCUCUCUCUCUCUCUCUCUCUCAUAUCACUUGGAAUAAAGGGGCUUCACUUGUGCACCAAGUUUCUCUCCCA